CCGGUUCUCAGGUAUAAAAACCUUGGUUAGACGUCAGGUCAUCUUGAACGUUGAUUCCAUUGCUAGGUCUGCUAGGUUUUGAUCAGCUACCAGAAUGAAAGCAGCUGCUCUUUUUGCCCUGCUCCUUGUGGGCGCCGUAUCAGCUAUGCCAACGAAGAAGUCUACCAACCAACAAAAGGAAGACUUUGAAGCAACCAUCUCAAUCAAGUUCCGCUCGGAUGCUCGGGAUAUCGACUGGCAGGGAAUUUGGAAUGGUGUUGUGGAUACUUUGGGCAAUCCUAUAAUCCUUGGAGGGCCUGGGAAGAAAGACCUAAUUAGCAUCGACUGGGAAGGAAUUUGGAACACCGUAGUUCAGGCGGGCUUACAACAACCGUGGUAUUUAGGUCCAGGAAAAAAGGAAUUGUCACAAGAAGCUUGGACUGACUAUGUGGCCCCAGCUCUUCAAAUUGCCCAGGUCCUCGUACCAUUAGUUGGCAGAGACACACAAGAUGUUGACUGGUCACAGGUAAUUUCAACAGCUGUCCAAGUAGGUACGACAGUUCUACCAUUGCUUGUUGGUAAGAAGGACCUAAUUAGUAUCGACUGGCAAGGAAUUUGGAACGCCAUUGUUGAGGCAGGUUCCCAACCGAUGUAUUUAGGUGCAGGAAAGAAACGGGCACUGUCACAAGAAGCCUGGACUGACUAUGUGGCCCCAGCCCUUCAAAUUGCUCAGAUCCUCGUCCCAUUAGUUGGCAGAGACGUAGAAGAUGUUGAUUGGACACAGGUAAUUUCAACAGCUGUUCAAGUAGGCACUACCGUUCUUCCAUUACUCGUUGGCAAGAAAGAUUUAAUUAGCAUCGACUGGGAAGGAAUUUGGAAUAAUAUUGUAGAUUUCGGUUCCUCUGUAGUCCACGCAGGGAAAAAGGAAUUGUCACAAGAAGCCUGGACCGAAUAUGUGGCCCCAGCCCUUCAAAUUGCUCAGAUCCUCGUCCCAUUAGUUGGCAGAGACACACAAGAUGUUGAUUGGUCACAAGUAAUUUCAACAGCUGUUCAGGUAGGCACUACCGUUCUACCACUACUCGUUGGCAAGAAAGAUUUAAUUAGCAUCGACUGGGAAGGAAUUUGGAAUAAUAUUGUAGAUUUCGGCAACACGCUAACUCACACAAGUAUUACAAGUGUAGGGAAAAAAGAAUUGUCACAAGAAGCCUGGACUGACUAUGUAGCCCCAGCCCUUCAAAUUGCUCAAAUCCUCGUCCCAUUAGUUGGCCGAGAUGUAGAAGAUAAUGACUGGACACAGGUAAUUUCAACAGCUGUUCAGGUAGGCACUACCGUUCUACCAUUACUCGUCGGCAAGAAGGAUUUAAUUAGCAUCGACUGGCAAGGAAUUUGGAACGCCAUUGUUGAGGCGGGUUCACAACCGAUGUAUUUAGGUGCAGAAAAGAAACGGGCACUGUCACAAGAAGCCUGGACUGACUAUGUGGCCCCAGCCCUUCAAAUUGCUCAGAUCCUCGUCCCAUUAGUUGGCAGAGACACACAAGAUGUUGACUGGACACAGGUAAUUUCAACAGCUGUCCAAGUAGGUACGACAGUUCUACCCCUACUCGUCGGUAAGAAGGACCUAAUUAGCAUCGACUGGGAAGGAAUUUGGAAUAAUAUUGUAGAUUUCGGUUCCUCUGUAGUGCACGCAGGGAAAAAGGAAUUGUCACAAGAAGCCUGGACCGAAUAUGUGGCCCCAGCCCUUCAAAUUGCUCAGAUCCUCGUCCCAUUAGUUGGCCGAGAUGUAGAAGAUGUUGACUGGACACAGGUAAUUUCAACAGCUGUCCAAGUAGGUACUACAGUUCUACCACUACUUGUCGGUAAGAAGGACCUAAUUAGCAUCGACUGGGAAGGAAUUUGGAAUAAUAUUGUAGAUUUCGGUUCCUCUGUAGUCCACGCAGGGAAAAAGGAAUUGGCACAAGAAGCUUGGACUGACUAUGUGGCCCCAGCCCUUCAAAUUGCCCAGAUUCUUGUGCCAUUAGUUGGCCGAGAUGUAGAAGAUGUUGACUGGACACAGGUAAUUUCAACAGCUGUCCAAGUAGGUACGACAGUUCUACCACUGCUUGUUGGCAAGAAAGAUUUAAUUAGCAUCGACUGGGAAGGAAUUUGGAAUAAUAUUGUAGAUUUCGGCAAUACGCUAGCUCACACAAGUAGUACAAGUGUAGGGAAAAAGGAAUUGUCUCAAGAAGCUUGGACUGACUAUGUGGCCCCAGCCCUUCAAAUUGCUCAAAUCCUUGUCCCAUUAGUUGGCAGAGACACACAAGAUGUUGAUUGGUCACAGGUAAUUUCAACAGCUGUCCAAGUAGGUACCACAGUUCUACCACUGCUGGUUGGCAAGAAAGAUUUAAUUAGCAUCGACUGGGAAGGAAUUUGGAAUAAUAUUGUAGAUUUCGGUUCCUCUGUAGUCCACGCAGGGAAAAAGGAUUUGUCACAAGAAGCCUGGACCGACUAUGUGGCCCCAGCCCUUCAAAUUGCCCAGAUCCUCGUCCCAUUAGUUGGCAGAGAUGUAGAAGAUGUUGACUGGACACAAGUAAUUUCAACAGCUGUCCAAGUAGGCACUACCGUUCUUCCAUUACUCGUUGGCAAGAAAGACCUAAUUAGCAUCGACUGGGAAGGAAUUUGGAAUAAUAUUGUAGAUUUUGCUACAAAGCCCUUACCCGUAAUUCCAUAAGGGAAGAAUUAAGUUGCCGUUAGACAAAUCAACAUUGACUCGAUAUGGCUUCAAAACAAAUAACUACUCUUCGCCUCCAAUAGUAAAUAAAAAUAGAAAGUAAAAA